AUGUUGAAAAAAUUUUUGAAGAUAUUUUUUCUUCAGUUUUUCAUUUCUUCUUUGUUUUUUCUACAUUCAUUUCUUUUAUUCCAACUCUGCCUCAAACUUUUCAUUCUUACCUACUUCUCUUUUUUCAUUUUUCCUCUCUAUUGUCUACAUCUGUUUUUUUUGUUUCUUUUUUCUCUGUCGCAUACUUCUCUUUUUUUUUUUUUUCUCUCUGUCGCCUACUUUUUUUUUUUUUUCUCUGUCGCCUACUUCUCUUUUUUUCUCUCCUCUCUAUCGCCUUUUUUUUUACUCUCCUCUCUCUGUCGCCUACUUCUUUUUUUCUCUCUCUGUUUUUCUCUUUUUUUUCUCUCCUCUCCUCUGUCGCCUACUUCUUUUUUUUUUCUCUCCUCUCCUCUGUCGCCUACUUCUCUUUUUUUUCUCUCCUCUCCUCUGUCGCCUACUUCUUUUUUUCUCCUCUCCUCUGUCGCCUCUUCUCUUUUUUUUUCUCUCCUCUCCUCUGUCGCCUACUUCUUUUUUUUCUCCUCUCCUCUGUCGCCUACUUUUUUUUUUCUCUCCUCUCCUCUGUCGCCUACUUCUUUUUUUUUUCCUCUCCUCUGUCGCCUACUUCUUUUUUUUUUUACUCUGUUACUUCUUUUUUUUUACUCUUUUUUUUUUUUUUUACUCUGUCUUACUUCUUUUUUUUUUUUUUACUCUGUCGCCUACUUCUCUUUUUUUUUUCUGUCGCCUACUUCUCUUUUUUUUUCUCUGUUUUUUUUUUUUCUCUCCCUCUCUCUGUUUUUUUUUUCUCUCCUCUCCUCUGUCCUUUUUUUUUUUUUUCUCUCCUCUCCUCUGUCGCCUACUUUUUUUUCUCUCCUCUCCUCUGUCGCCUACUUCUCUUUUUUUUUUACUCUGUCGCCUACUUCUCUUUUUUUUUACUCUGUCGCCUACUUCUCUUUUUUUUUUACUCUGUCGCCUACUUCUUUUUUUUUUUACUCUGUGUCGCCUACUUCUUUUUUUUUUUACUCUGUCGCCUUUCUUUUUUUUUUUACUCUGUCCUACUUCUUUUUUUUACUCUGUCGUCUAAUUCUUUUUUUUUUUUACUCUGUCGCCUACUUCUCUUUUUUUUUUACUCUGUCGCCUACUUCUCUUUUUUUCUUUUUUUUCUUUUUUUUUUCUCUAUGCCCUACUUCUCUUUUUUUUUUUUCUGUCGCCUGUCUGUCGCCUACUUCUCUUUUUUUUUUCUCUGUCGCCUACUUCUCUUUUCUUUUUUUCUCUCCUUUGCCCACUUCUCUUUUCUUUUUUUUCUCUCCUUUGCCCUCUUCUCUUUUCUUUUUUUUCUCUCCUUUGCCCACUUCUCUUUUCUUUUUUUUCUCUCCUUUGCCCACUUCUCUUUUCUUUUUUUUCUCCUUUGACCACUUCUCUUUUUUUUUUUUCUCUCCUUUGCCUACUUCUCUUUUUUUUUUUUCUCUCUUUGCCCUUCUCUUUUUUUUUUUCUCUCCUUUGCCUACUUCUCUUUUUUUUUUUCUCCUUUGCCCUUCUUCUUUUUUUUUUUCUCUCCUUUGA